AUGAAAUCCUCAUCAGAGCUAUCUUCCACUGCAAUUUUCAAUACAGCCGAAAUUUGCGGUGUAAUGGGCAGAUACGAAGAGCAAACAUCGCUUCUCCAGUUAUAUGCACGCUUAGAAAUUGGUAUCCGUAACCAUGGCUCCAUUUCUACCCUUUACAAACUUGCAAGAUUAUCUCUCGAAGAAGGGGAUGCGCAUACAGCAGUCGGGAGGUACCAAUAUAUACUUGAUGAAUGUCGUGCAUUAGGUAUUGACGUUCCAAGUCCCACUUUCUUCGUUGAAUUCGCUCAUGCUUUAAAUUUAAUUUCGGAUUACACUACAGCCCUUAAUAUUUUGCCACCAGAUGAUCACAUUAAAAGUACUUUAGCCAGAUCUGUUUGUGGUCAUACUCUUUUCUUGGCAAAACGCUAUGAUGAGUGUUUGAAAAUGAUAUCCGACAUCCAAACAUCGGAUGCGAUCACGAAUCAAGCGAUUCUUAAGUACAUAUCUGAUGACGAAAGAGGAUCAAUUCAAAUUCUGGAACAAGCGAGAAGAAGAUUUCCAUCUGAAAAAUCAAUAAUGAGAACAUUAGUUUUGAUAAAAUAUGCCAAGCCAAAUACAAUCAAAAGUGGCUGUAUGAUGUGGCUAACUUAUCUUGGUUAUCAGCUGAAUUAUGAAGCUGAAUUUUAUAAUGACGUAGUAACUAGAUUGACGUUGGCAGGAAGCCCUGAUCCUGUUACUAUUUCUGCAUUGAGUUUUAUUGCUCAAGAAAAAUCUAAAUAA